CCUCAGCCCUGUGCGUGGAUCCAUCACACGCUGCCCCCGCCACCACCACAAUCACGGUGCCCGCUCACACAGUACCUGCGGCGCUUCACGCUGUGUUGUGCACCCUCCCGCCCGUGCCUCUGUCCAUCUAGUCUCAUCAUGUGAUGGUGCCGAGUGACAGUAACAUGAAAUCAGAUUCAUAGCAAAAAAGUGACGGAUGUGAAAACGCGCGCACUAUAGACUGCGAAUAUCGACUAAGAGUGACUGAUCCUGACCUGCAUACUUAUACGUCUGAUAGCAUUGGACGGAUUGGUGUGUUACUGUGCGUUCGGACUUGCAAAAGAUACAGUGACAAACAGGCUGCUGCUUCACGGUGCGACUCAAGUAUUCGCCCAAUCAGCAACCCUCUUCCUUCCUCUCCUAUUGUGAAGGCCCCCUAAAGGGUCAAAUAUUCGGGACUCUUCAGGAUCUGAAAGUCCUGGUGCUGAACGUCAGUGGCAAGGGGAUUCCUGGAGAAGAACUAACCGCUGGGACCAGUCAUCCCCUUCUGCCUCCCCACAGCCUAUCCCCUCUUCCCCCACAACCCUUCAGAGCCCUGAGCCCCAAACAAAUCUUGUUCAGGACCUUCCAGUCAACAGCACAAUGCCAGUGUGUGCAGGUGAUGGUGACACCUUGACUGGGAGGGACAAUCCAACACCAUGGCGAAGGAGUAGUCAUAUUAGGAAUGAAACUCCUGCACCGUCACAACAGCCUCAACAUAAAUCAACUUUAACUUGGACUCCAGCUCAACCAACUACAGACAGGAAACAGCAGCAACAACAACAGGGUCCUCCAUCAGAAAUGUCUGCUUCAGUGCUCAGAAAAGGAAAGCCUGACCCCACGCUCACCUUCCCAGAUGAGCGGGUAUCUAGGUUCAACCAAAAUAAGAAAAGCCAGGAAGAAAAUCAAGAGGCAGUGCAGCCAAAGAGAGCAAGAACACUUAAAUUACAAAUUGACCAUCAAAAUGACAUAAAUUCUACAGAUAAUAAUGGUAGGAAGAGUCAAGAAAAUCAGAAUACAUAUCCACCUCCAAAAAGGUUCAGCAGAGAAGAAGCAGACCUCAUUAAAAACCCUAGGGUGGACCCAACAGACAGAAGAAAUAGGUUUCAGAGGGAAAAUAGCAGAGAUGAGGAGCGUUUAAAACAAGAGAGGGAGAAAAGGGAAGAGCUGAGAAACAGAAGAGAUGAGCUUAGGAGAAAGGAACAGAUUGAAAGAGAAAUGAGAGAAGAGCUUCAAAAGAAGGAACAAGAGAAAGUGAGGGAGAGAAAUGUGAAAAAAGAGCCAAUAAACAGAAAUCCAGUAGAAGAUCUACGUAAAAAACAUGAACGAGAAAGGGAAGAGUUGCAACGGCUCCAAGAAGAAAGAGCUAAAAUGGAAGAGCAAACCAAAAAGGACCAUGAAAAAGGCAGAAACAGAGAAGUAGCACAAAGGCAAGAUGAAAGAGAAAAAAAUGAGAGGGUGAACCAACGGCAAAGAAAUGAAAGAUGGGAAAAGAAUGAAAAGUUUGGAUUGAAUGAUCAGCAAAGCCCAAAGAGAGAUUUAAAUGAAGGGGUUUCACGAAAUUCUAAAGCACAAGAGUCGAAAGAAAUACCAAAAAACACAAAUGAGAGCAAACAUGAUGUGAUAUUAAGAAAAAGAAGUCAGCCAGAACCAGAAGGAAUGUUGAGAAAGACUAGUAAUCCAGAGCCUGAAAGGCCACUGAAAAAAAUGAGUGGUCAAGAAACUGGGGAAAUGCUCAGAAAGACAAGUAACCCAGAAUCUGACAGGAUGCUAAGAAAAACCAGCAAUCAGGAGCCUGAAGGAGCGCUUAAAAAGAAUAGUAGGCAAGAAGCUGGGCAAAUACUAAGGAAAACAAGUAGUCAAGAGCCAGAGGGAGUGCUUAAAAAGAACAGUAGACAAGAAAACGAGCCAAUGCUUAAGAAAACAAGUACUCAAGAACCUGAAGGAGUACUGAAAAAGAACAGUAGACAAGAGACUGGACAAACCCUAAGGAAAAUAAGUAGUCAGGAGCCAGAAGUACAGAAGAAGGACAGUAGACAAGAAAAUGAGCAAAUACUGAGGAAAACAAGUAAACAAGAGCCUGAUAAAGUACAAGAGGCUGGCAAGGAGCAGCCGGAAGCCCUGCAGGACAGGGCCAGUGUGUUUGGUGUUCAGCUGAGACCAAGAAAACAGUCAAAUACAGCAGGAUUAAAUAAAGAUCCUGUUGCUCCACAAAAUGAAGAUGAUUUGGAUUAUACAAAUGACAAGAACAAAUUAUCAAGUCUUAGAAAUAAAUGGGAGUCAAAAAUACAAAAUGAAAAUGAUCAAAAGGAGAGAAGGCAAAGUAUAACCCUGAAGCCUAACAGAUCAGAAAAUGAGUCAGGCACAAGGAAUGUUGUCAAUGAGAACAAACCAGAAACUGAAAAGGAAAUAAAAGAAGUAGAGAGCAAACCAACAAAGCCUUUACAAACUGCCCUUGGGAAAAAGAAUAUUCCAGAAGAAAAGGAGGUGCAGAAAAUUGGAGAUCAGCAAAGGAAACCCUCAGCUGAAACAAGAAAGGACUCCAUCAACAAGUCAACGGCAAUAUUACAUCAGACUGAUCAUAAAGAGCAAGAUAAACCCAAAGAUAGUAACAGCACAAAUAAUGAAGAGGUCAAAAAGCCUCCAGGUUCAUUAUUCCGAGACAUCCAAUUGAAGAAGGCUAAAACAAAUACUGAGAAACCUAAACCAGAAACCAAAAACUUUCUAGAGGAAGUUAAAUUGCGGAAAGUUGAACCAAUCCCACGCCGCGUCAGCCGUGUAAAUAGCUCAAUAGGGUUCUCAGAUGAAGAGGAUGAAACCGACAGAAGAGAAGAAUCUAAUUCAGACUCAGAGUCUGAAGAAUCAGAAGAGGAAACAGAUGAAGAUGAAACAUCAGAAGAAGAAUCUGAAGAGGAGGAUGAGGAUGAGGAGGAGGAGGAGGAGGAGGAACCAAAAGUAGAUAAUAAAGUCAAGAAGACUGAACCACCACAACCAGCCCAUCAAGCCAACAACUCUCUGGAAGAAGAAGCUCCAUGGUGGGAGAAGACCUCAUUUGAAGAAGAGGAAGAUGAAGAACUGAUUUGGGACAAUACAGAUGAAAACGUUGUUUCACAGUCUAACAAUGCUCUGGAAAGUCCUGUUCCCUGGUGGGAACAACCGGAAGAUACCAGGGAAUGGAGUCCAGGUUCACCUAUUUUCAAGAAAGAUGUCUUUGAUAAUAUGAAAGUGAAACCCCAACCUCAGCCACCACCUCCACCACCACCACCAGCUCCAAAACAAAAAGGUCAAGGUUCAGGACCACCUCCACCUCCACCAAUGCCUGGACCACCCCCACCACCCCCUCAACCUGGCUUGCCGCCAAAGAGGCCAGUGUCUGCAGCAAAGAAACAAAAGCUUGACCAAAUCAAGAAGGCUGCUCGAUCACGACCUGACUGGAACACUUUACUACGAGACAUUGAGAGUGGUAUCAAACUUCGACGUUUACCAUCAUGUGACAAAAUGGACAGGUCCAACCCCAUGCUGCCAAACUCCAGAGGAAAGGGUGGCAAGUUUGUCUAUGAAUCAGAAGAGCCAAUUUCUCGCAAUGAACUACUUCAUGAGAUCCACCGAGGUGUGAAAUUACGGAAGGUCAAGACCAAUGACAGGAGCAAACCAUGCUUUAAGACUCUUGGUGUGAGAAAAGUACGGCGCCAAUGUACCAUGGAGAAUUUAAACAAACUGGAAAAUAUGCCUUCUUCAUCUGAUGAGGAAGAAGACAUUGAUAAAAUGAGAGAUGACCUGCAGGCUACCAAGGGACAACUAGAAGAAGAGAUAAAAAACAGAAAGAAAUUAGAAAGGGAAAGUAAGAUCUACAAGAUUGAUAUAGAUGCAUUACAAGCAGAGGUAAAGAGGUUAAGGAGACAGCUAAAGAUGGCAGGAAUUACUGAUCCAAAGCCAAUGACAAACGGUGAGGCUGAUGAAAUUGUGCCUAAAUUAGAAAAAUCAAUGAGUAAGCUGCGCAUGCAUGAAGAUGAGCCUUUAGACUUCAAUGAGCUAGAUACUUUAGAGACUGAAAUCAACAACCUCAAAACUCAAGUAGAUUCAUACAAGAAACAGUCAGAUGACUAUAUGAACAGAUACAAUGAGGUGGUCCAGAAAUUGAUGGUAUCAGAAAACUCUGCCGCCGAAUGGGAGCUCCGCAGUAACUACUAUGAAAAGAAAUUCAAAGCUUUACAGAAAGAGCAUGGUAUUGAACUCCCAGACAUAGCAAUUAUUGGAGUGCAGACAGAUCCUAUAGAUAUUGCACCACCUCCAUCACCAACAGAAGACAGAAAACCUUUCCCUAUGCCAUCAAAAUCAGGUUCCCGCAGGAAUUUUGCAUCAUCGAUCCAUAAAAUGGAAAGUUUCAUGGAAGAAGAGGAAGAUGAUGAGGAUAAUGAGGAUGAGGAUGAUGAAGAGGAAGAAAGUGAAGAAGAAUCUGAAGAAUCAGAAGAAACAGAAGAUGAAGAUGAAGAAAAGGCAGCUGAGAAAAGGGCUCAAAAUGCUGCCCGAAGAAGAGAAAGAGACAUCAAGUUAUUGAUUAAUAAACUUGAUAACAUAAAAACUAAAGAAGAUAGAAUAAGAGAUGAGAGGAAAACACUUAAAGACAGAAUCAAAAAGUGUCACACUGCCACGAAGACUGAAAGACAACAGUAUUUCAAGACUAAGGAAGAAGUUGAUGAAAUGGCUAAAGCUUUCAAAGCAUCUGAUGAUGAAGACAGCAGUGAGGAUGAAGAGAGUGAUGAUGAUGAGGAAGAGGAAAUACCAAGAGAAAAAGAGGAAGGUGAAGAGUGGUGGCUUGAUGACACAACCAAGAAGCCAAUAAAACUUAAAAAGAGAAAGAAGAAGAAGGCCAAUGAUGAUGAAGAGGAAGAGGAAGACAGUUCAGAGAAAUUGCCAAAUUUAGAUACACCAACAUGGAGCGAGUCUGAGCAAGAGGUAAGUGAGGUAGAGGAUGAACAGAAUGAUCCCGAGAAACGAUUAUCACAACUUAGAGGAAGAACGCAAAAACAUGAACGGACACUCACUACCCUCAGAAAGGACAUUAGCCAUCUGAAGACUCAGUUAACACGUUCUGAGGAAAUGUUAGCUGCAGAGAAGAGGAGGCGCCAGAGACUAGAUGAGGAGUUACACAUAAUGUUGGCUGAGCUAUCAUAGUUUUGCUGUCAGGUAAAGUGAAUGGAAGUAUAUAGUGGAUAAAAAUAUUGUAAGCUUUUUAAUAUAUUAAUUAAAGAGGAUAUAUAUGUAUGUCAGCGUAUGAAUGGUUGAAAGAGUUGAAUGACCAGUCACUGUGUGGAAGAAUUUGAAUGCAUUUUUGUGCUUCAAACAGUGGGUGAUUAUUGUUGUAAUAUAUCUGCGUGCUUGAGAUCACUUGUGAUAAAAGGCCAUAAAUAUGUGACCAAUAUAUGGCUUCACUGCUCUUGACUAACCCAUUUCAGUGUAGCACAUUGGAUGUAGGCUAGUUAGUGCAAGCAGUCAGUGCUCCUUCAUCUAGUGGCCAAUCAGUUAUCUCGUUAUUUAUAUACAUUAACUUACGUAUGGAGAAAAUAAAGCUCGAUAUGGCACAUUUUUUCUCAUUACCUGCCACCUGUAUAUUUUUAAUCUAAGAUAAGUACAUCAGGGUCAUUCCUAGAAGUCAGCUGCAUGUAAGGCGGCCAUAGGCCAAGCCAUCUUAACCCUAGAACAGUCGACGUAUGAAAUUGCAAUGAUUAAGAUCGACGUGUGCCAAAUGGAAUCACAGUAGGAAAAAAUAAAAAUAAAAUAUGAAAA